AUGAACAACUUAGCGCCAGGCUCACGAUACGUAUGCCGCAACUGCACACAACGUCUAUCUCGCCAGCAUUCUACACCUCUCACGCGAUCGCAAGUACGCCUACAGUCCACCGAUGCAUCUCAAGGCGAUGCGCCGAACGCGAGGCUACGGAUACAGAAGCAUUGGAAUGGCGAUGCCAGGGCAAAGUUUAGGCCGACUGCGCCAACACGCAGUAUACUGCAUAUGAGCAAGACGGAAAGUAAGCUGCGCGUAGAAUUGACGGACGAGCAAAAACCGGAAUUGGAGAUGGAAAAAUUAAAAGAAGAAGGGAAAGAUUUGGAGAUAGCGCAAAUGAACGCACCUCACAAACCUCUUAUUAAAAAGCCAAAGAGUCAUGUCAUUCGCAAAUGGUCGAAGAAUCUUCCCCCUGGCCGUAAAGAAUCGUUCGAAGAUGAGCUGGUACCUUCUCCGCCAUCAGCGCCCUUAGGCAGACGAUCAAAAUCCGAGACAACACCAGAUGCAGCACCUGAGACACCAAUCAGUUCGCUCUCGCUCAAUCUCAACAAAUUGCAAGGCUUCAAUUGGUACUGGGAUACCUUUCCCCCAACCGUCGCACAGAAAACGACUGCAAACCACUUCUUCACCACCCACGGCCGCAACGCAAAGUUACUACGAAGCGUCGCGCAAUUCCGUCUUUUCCCCGAGUCCGAUGUACCGGAAGUGGCCUUCGUCGGCCGUUCCAACGUGGGCAAGAGCUCGUUGCUCAACGCCGUCGUAAACGCUGACAUCAAAGCACUACUAGCGCGUACCUCGUCCACCCCAGGAUUCACCAAAACAAUGAACCUCUACGGUCUGGGCGCCGGAAACGGCGUGACCAUCAAGAAACAGUCUACAGGGCGCGAAAAGAUCGUCGGUCUCGGCGGCCUUACUAUUGUUGACAUGCCAGGCUAUGGCGAAGGUUCACUUGCAUCCUGGGGUACGGAAAUCAUGAAGUACAUCACCAAUCGCAAGCAACUCCGCCGUGUCUUCCUUUUGAUCGAUGCCGAACACGGUAUCAAAGACAAAGACCGCUCUCUACUUGCUUCACUGCGCCUAGCUGGUGUAAGUCAUCAAGUCAUUCUUUCCAAGCUAGACAAACUGUAUAUUCCCGCUGCCAAAGAGAUCAAACGCCAUGAUGGCAAAGCCCUGCGUCGCUUGUCGCCGAAAGGCAGCCCCGAGGAACUCAGAAAGGCGAUGGAGAAGUUGAAAUACGAUAUCCAGCCACCAGUGGGAGGUGGUGCCCUAGGAGAGAUCCUCGGUGUGAGUGCGGAGACGCUGGUAGAAGGGAAGAGAUUGGGUGUUGAUCAUGUGAGGUUUGCGGUGCUGAAGGCCGCGGGGUUGGAUCAGAAGUUUAGGAAGGAGAGCAGUGUGAAAGAGGAGCGCAAUAUGAAUAGGCUGCUCGAGUCGGGGGACUUUGAGUAA